AUGAAGAUCCACCAUUACUUCUGGAUUUUCUCCAUAUUGACCUCUUGUGUGAGUGCAGGGAAAGGUUUUAACGACAAGGGAGACCUGGAAUCCAGUCAUUAUAACACAGACUGGAUGAGAUCUAUCCCUGAUGAGACUCCCAUCUCAGCUAUUGCUAUUCCUGGAACUCAUGAGAGCCUGACAUUAAGAGGAGGACCGCUUGCUGUGUCUCAGGCUUGGACUUUGGAGAAGCAGCUCAGAGUGGGAGUUCGGUAUCUUGACAUCCAUGCUGGGAUUUGGCUUCCCACCAGCACAGACAUCACUGUCCGAGAUGCUAACUGGAUGUUUUCACAGGGCAUUACCUUAGCCACUGUCUUCAGUAAGGUCUUUGAUUUCUUAGACACACACCGCAGUGAGGCUGUGCUGGUGAAAGUGACGCUACAUGGAUUUUACAAAGACAAAGUGGCGCAGAUGGUGAAGAAGCUGAUUGAGAAGUUUAAAAGAAGAAUCUGGACAAAGGUGUCAGUGCCAAAACUGGAGCAGGUGCGGGGUAAGAUCAUCUUCCUGCAGAAUGUGAAGUUUCCAUGGGGAACAGAAAACCAUAAAUCAUAUUUCUUUGAGUCCAACAAGCUAAAAGAUGUUGAAAGAAAAAUAAAACACAUCAAGUGGCAUCUCUGCGGCCAUUACAUACUUCUGACAGAAACUGCUGCUGCAGCUCACAGGCGCCCGAAAACCCUGGCCAAGUCCAUAAACAAGCAGCUCAAUGACUUUGUGAGCAAAUUGAAGGGGAGCCCCAUCAAAGGCUGUGUAGGCAUCCUGAGUAUGGACUUCCCCAACGCCGAUCUAAUCAGAAACAUCAUCCAGCUGGGAGUCUGUGCCUGUGGUCCAGCUGCAGGGCAUCCUGGAGGUCUGCAAACACCAGGAGAGCCACAACCAUCAGGACCUGGACCAGAACAAAGACCACUGGGCUCUGCAGAACCAGGAACAGAAGCCACAGAAAAGCCAGGAGAAGAAACUGGAGCACAACCUGAAAAACCAGAGUCAGAACCAAGAGCAGAGCCAGGGAAACCUGAAUCAGAACCAGGCGAAGGACCAGCAGAACCUGGAACUGAGCCUAAAGAACCAGAAUCAGAACCAGGAGAAGCUGGAGCAGAACACAAAAAGGAACCAGGAACAGACACUGAAACAGAACCUUCAGAAGAACCUGCACAGCCUGGGGCAGAACCUGCAGAAGAACCUGCUCAACCUGGUACAGAAAGUGGGUCAGAAACAAGAGAGAAACAGACAGAACCUGGAACAGAACCCAGAAAAGAAACUGAACAACCAGGUUCAGAACCAGGAGCAGAACUAGGAGAACCUGAAUCAGAACCAGCUGAGGAACCAGCAGAACCUAGAACUGAACCUAAAGGACCAGAAGCAGAACCAGGAGAAGCUGGAGCAAACUUGGACAAGAAACUGAACAGCCAGGGUCAGAACCAGGCGCAAAACGAGCAGAACCUGGAACUGAACCUAAUGAACCACAGUCAGGACCAGAAGCAGAACCAGAAACGGAACCAGGUGCACCUGGAGCAGAACCCGAAAAGGAAGCAGGAACAGACACUGAAACAGAACCUUCAGAAGAACCUGCACACCCUGGGACAGAACCUGCAGAAGAAUCUGCACAACCUGGGACAGAACCUGGAACAGAACCUGGACAAGAAACUGAACAACCAGGUUCAGAACCAGCAGCAGAAACAGGAGAAUCUGGAUCAGAACCAGCAGAGGAACCAGCAGAACCUGAAACUGAACCUAAACAACCAGAAUCAGGACCAGAAGCAGAACCAGAAACGGAACAAGGAUCACCUGGAGCAGAGCCCGAAAAGGUACCAGGAACAGACACUGAAACAGAACCUUCAGAAGAACCUGCACAGCCUGGAACAGAACCUGCAGAAGAACCUGCACAAUCUGGAACAGAACCUGAAACAGAACCCAGAGAACCUGGAUCAGAACCAGCAGAACCUGAAACUGAACCUAAAGAACCAGAGUCAGGACCAGAACCACAACCAAAAGCGGAACCAGCCGAACCUAGAACUGAACCUAAAGAACCAGAGUCAGAAUCAGAAACGGAACCAGGAGCACCUGGAGCAGUACCUGAAAAGGAACGAGGAACAGACACUGAAACAGAACCUUCAGAAGAACCUGCACAGCCUGGGGCAGAACCUGCAGAAGAACCUGCACAACCUGGGACAGAACCUGGACAAGAAACUGAACAACCAGUUUCAGAACCAGGAGCCGAACCAGGUGAACCUGGAUCAGAACCAGCUGAGAAACCAGCUGAACCUGAAACUGAACCUAAACAACCAGAACCUGAAAAGGAGCCAGGUGCAGACACUGAAACAACAGCUGCAGAAGAACCUGCACAACCUGAGACAGAACCAAGAGAAUCUGGAUCAGAACCUGAAAAAGAGCCAGGUGCAGACACUGAAACAGCACCUGCAGAAGAACCUGCACAACCUGAGACAGAACCAACAGAAUCUGGAUCAGAACCUGAAAAAGAGCCAGGUGCAGACACUGAAACAGCACCUGCAGAAGAACCUGCACAACCUGAGACAGAACCAACAGAAUCUGGAUCAGAACCUGAAAAGGAGCCAGGUGCAGACACUGAAACAGCAUCUGCAGAAGAACCUGCACAACCUGAGACAGAACCAAGGGAACCUGGAUCAGAACCUGAACAGGAGCCAGGUGCAGACACUGAAACAACACCUGCAGAAGAACCUGCACAACCUGAGACAGAACCAAGAGAACCUGGAUCAGAACCUGAAAAGGAGCCAGGUGCAGACACUGAAACAACACCUGCAGAAGAACCUGCACAACCUGACACAGAACCAAGAGAACCUGGAUCAGAACCUGAACAGGAGCCAGGUGCAGACACUGAAACAGCAUCUGCAGAAGAACCUGCACAACCCGAGACAGAACCAAGAGAACCUGGAUCAGAACCUGAAAAGGAGCAAGGUGCAGACACUGAAACACCACCGGCAGAAGAACCUGCACAACCUGAGACAGAACCAAGAGAAUCUGGAUCAGAACCUGAAAAGGAGCCAGGUGCAGACACUGAAACAGCACCUGCAGAAGAACCUGCACAACCUGAGACAGAACCAAGAGAACCUGAAUCAGAACCUGAACAAGAGCCAGGUGCAGACACUGAAACACCUGCAGAAGAACCUGCACAACCUGAGACAGAACCAAGAGAGCCUGGAUCAGAACCUGAAAAAGAGCCAGGUGCAGACACUGAAACAGCACCUGCAGAAGAACCUGCACAACCUGAGACAGAACCAAGAGAACCUGAAUCAGAACCUGAACAGGAGCCAGGUGCAGACACUGAAACAGCACCUGCAGAAGAACCUGCACAAUCUGACACAGAACCAAGAGAACCUGAAUCAGAACCUGAACAGGAGCCAGGUGCGGACACUGAAACAGCACCUGCAGAAGAACCUGCACAACCUGAGACAGAACCAAGAGAACCUGAAUCAGAACCUGAACAGGAGCCAGGUGCGGACACUGAAACAGCACCUGCAGAAGAACCUGCACAACCUGACACAGAACCAAGAGAACCUGAAUCAGAACCUGAACAGGAGCCAGGUGCAGACACUGAAACGGCACCUGCAGAAGAACCUGCACAACCUGAGACAGAACCAAGAGAACCUGGAUCAGAACCUGAACAGGAGCCAGGUGCAGACACUGAAACGGCACCUGCAGAAGAACCUGCACAACCUGAGACAGAACCAAGAGAACCUGAAUCAGAACCUGAACAGGAGCCAGGUGCAGACACUGAAACGGCACCUGCAGAAGAACCUGCACAACCUGAGACAGAACCAAGAGAACCUGAAUCAGAACCUGAACAGGAGCCAGGUGCGGACACUGAAACGGCACCUGCAGAAGAACCUGCACAAUCUGACACAGAACCAAAAGAACCUGAAUCAGAACCUGAACAGGAGCCAGGUGCGGACACUGAAACGGCACCUGCAGAAGAACCUGCACAAUCUGACACAGAACCAAGAGAACCUGGAUCAGAACCUGAACAGGAGCCAGGUGCAGACACUGAAACAGCACCUGCAGAAGAACCUGCACAACCUGAGACAGAACCAAGAGAACCUGAAUCAGAACCUGAACAAGAGCCAGGUGCAGACACUGAAACACCUGCAGAAGAACCUGCACAACCUGAGACAGAACCAAGAGAGCCUGGAUCAGAACCUGAAAAAGAGCCAGGUGCAGACACUGAAACAGCACCUGCAGAAGAACCUGCACAACCUGAGACAGAACCAAGAGAACCUGAAUCAGAACCUGAACAGGAGCCAGGUGCAGACACUGAAACAGCACCUGCAGAAGAACCUGCACAAUCUGACACAGAACCAAGAGAACCUGAAUCAGAACCUGAACAGGAGCCAGGUGCGGACACUGAAACAGCACCUGCAGAAGAACCUGCACAACCUGAGACAGAACCAAGAGAACCUGAAUCAGAACCUGAACAGGAGCCAGGUGCGGACACUGAAACAGCACCUGCAGAAGAACCUGCACAACCUGACACAGAACCAAGAGAACCUGAAUCAGAACCUGAACAGGAGCCAGGUGCAGACACUGAAACGGCACCUGCAGAAGAACCUGCACAACCUGAGACAGAACCAAGAGAACCUGGAUCAGAACCUGAACAGGAGCCAGGUGCAGACACUGAAACGGCACCUGCAGAAGAACCUGCACAACCUGAGACAGAACCAAGAGAACCUGAAUCAGAACCUGAACAGGAGCCAGGUGCGGACACUGAAACGGCACCUGCAGAAGAACCUGCACAACCUGAGACAGAACCAAGAGAACCUGAAUCAGAACCUGAACAGGAGCCAGGUGCGGACACUGAAACGGCACCUGCAGAAGAACCUGCACAAUCUGACACAGAACCAAAAGAACCUGAAUCAGAACCUGAACAGGAGCCAGGUGCGGACACUGAAACGGCACCUGCAGAAGAACCUGCACAAUCUGACACAGAACCAAAAGAACCUGAAUCAGAACCUGAACAGGAGCCAGGUGCGGACACUGAAACAGCACCUGCAGAAGAACCUGCACAACCUGAGACAGAACCAAGAGAACCUGAAUCAGAACCUGAACAGGAGCCAGGUGCGGACACUGAAACAGCACCUGCAGAAGAACCUGCACAAUCUGACACAGAACCAAGAGAACCUGGAUCAGAACCUGAACAGGAGCCAGGUGCAGACACUGAAACAGCACCUGCAGAAGAACCUGCACAACCUGAGACAGAACCAAAAGAACCUGAAUCAGAACCUGAACAGGAGCCAGGUGCAGACACUGAAACAACACCUGCAGAAGAACCUGCACAACCUGAGACAGAACCAAGAGAACCUGAAUCAGAACCUGGACAGGAGCCAGGUGCAGACACUGAAACGGCACCUGCAGAAGAACCUGCACAACCUGAGACAGAACCAAAAGAACCUGAAUCAGAACCUGAACAGGAGCCAGGUGCAGACACUGAAACGGCACCUGCAGAAGAACCUGCACAACCUGACACAGAACCAAGAGAACCUGAAUCAGAACCUGAACAGGAGCCAGGUGCGGACACUGAAACAGCACCUGCAGAAGAACCUGCACAACCUGAGACAGAACCAAGAGAACCUGAAUCAGAACCUGAACAGGAGCCAGGUGCGGACACUGAAACAGCACCUGCAGAAGAACCUGCACAAUCUGACACAGAACCAAAAGAACCUGAAUCAGAACCUGAACAGGAGCCAGGUGCAGACACUGAAACAGCACCUGCAGAAGAACCUGCACAACCUGACACAGAACCAAGAGAACCUGAAUCAGAACCUGAACAGGAGCCAGGUGCAGACACUGAAACAGCACCUGCAGAAGAACCUGCACAACCUGAGACAGAACCAAGAGAACCUGAAUCAGAACCUGAACAGGAGCCAGGUGCGGACACUGAAACAGCACCUGCAGAAGAACCUGCACAAUCUGACACAGAACCAAAAGAACCUGAAUCAGAACCUGAACAGGAGCCAGGUGCAGACACUGAAACAGCACCUGCAGAAGAACCUGCACAACCUGAGACAGAACCAAGAGAACCUGAAUCAGAACCUGAACAGGAGCCAGGUGCAGACACUGAAACGGCACCUGCAGAAGAACCUGCACAACCUGAGACAGAACCAAGAGAACCUGAAUCAGAACCUGAACAGGAGCCAGGUGCAGACACUGAAACAGCACCUGCAGAAGAACCUGCACAACCUGAGACAGAACCAAGAGAACCUGAAUCAGAACCUGAACAGGAGCCAGGUGCAGACACUGAAACAGCACCUGUAGAAGAACCUGCACAAUCUGACACAGAACCAAGAGAACCUGAAUCAGAACCUGAACAGGAGCCAGGUGCAGACACUGAAACGGCACCUGCAGAAGAACCUGCACAACCUGAGACAGAACCAAGAGAACCUGAAUCAGA